ACCGCAUCCUGGUUGCUGUCAAAGCCACUAAAGCUAUAAAGGCAGACAAGAACUCCAUUGCCAUAGUGUCCAGUUAAUUAAACUCAAUAAUCAGAAACUGCUGAGUGAUUAAAUAAAAGUGGUUACGAGUAUUGAGAAGAACGCUUUAACAUCCUGCAAUCUCAGAAAAGAGAAACCGUUCUUUGAAGUUUCCAUCUCACCACAGCGUGUGAAACCUGCUCUUCGAUUUCAACAGAGAGCAACAGAGAGGGGGAGAGAGAGAGAGAAAGAGAGAGGGAGAGAAAGAAAGAUAGAGAAAGACAGACAGAUGAAGAACCUGGAGGUGUGGUAAGAAGGAAGAUCCUGCUCUUUGGCCUUCUUGCUAUAAGGACCUGGCUCUCUUCCAUCAUUGUUGGUUAUCUCUGGGGGAAAGAAAACAUUACUGGAAAGUGAAAGAUUGCCUUUGUACUUGUAAACAGAAUGCCGGGAAGUCAGUCUCCACAGAACAAUUUGAGUUCCAGCGGAGUGCAGCAGCAUAAUGAGGGAGGAGAUAUUGUUUCCAAUCCAGGAGAACCCAACACCACUGACAACACACCCGUGCAACCAGUCCGCCAGGUCUCCUUUCCAGUGGUGAUGGCCACUUCUCAAGGAAAUUUUAUGAGUUUAUCUCCACGUCAGGCCAUCAUACUUCAACAGCUGACUCAGCAGAGACCCUCUGUGCUAAGAGGAGGGGGGCGUCUGAAUCUGCCAUUCUGCUCACUACCAGGAGGAACAUCAAGCUUACCUUCCCCAUGGCCUGAGAGUAACACAUCUCAACCUUCUGAAUCAUCACUAUGUAAAACAGAAGCCGGGGUAAGCCGCAAUACAUCUUCUCCGAGUCAAAGCACAUCUGCGCGGAGUUCUCCUCUUCAAAGAAGACACAGCCCUCCAAAUGGCCACACUGUUGCCCAGACAGCAAAGACCCAAAGCUCUUCCCAGAAAAUACCAGAAGCACCCAACACCCUCUUUGUGAACCGAAUGUGCAAGUGGCCAGGCUGUGAAGAAGUCUUUGAAGAAUAUGGGCAAUUUCUCAAGCACCUUUAUCGGGAUCACAGCCCAGAUGAAAAGAGCCUGGCUCAGUGGCGUGUGCAGAGAGAGGUGGUGCUACAGCUUCAGAAUCAGCUUACCAUAGAAAGACAGAGGCUACAUGCUAUGCAACUUCAUCUGCAAUUUGCUGAGCACAGACUUAGCGCCACAACAAAUAAACUUUGGGAGGCAUCAGAGAUGGAUUUCUCAGCCCAUGGCUUCACCUUCAUUCUCUCCCAGACCCAUCUUCAUGAAGGCUCUCAGGAGGCUGCAGUAGAACUCAGUAAAAUUGGACAUGGCAGCUUGCCCAGUACUUCACUAUUACCAGAAAUGGUGCCUGCUGACUACUACAAAUACAGCAAUAUCAGACCUCCAUACACAUAUGCAUCACUCAUUAGAUGGGCGAUUCUGGAGUCUCCAGAAAAACAACUCACUCUCAACGAGAUCUAUCACUGGUUUAUGAAGAUGUUUGCAUUCUUUCGCUAUAAUACUGCUACUUGGAAGAAUGCAGUGCGUCACAAUCUCAGUCUCCACAAAUGCUUUGUCAGGGUGGAAGGAGGCAAGGGUGCUGUGUGGACCGUGGAUGAAGCCGAGUUUCAGAGGAGAAGGGGGCAGAAAUUCAACAGAGACCAGGAUGUUCAUUGGGUUGGUCCGUAUGCUCACCUCUGCCCACAGGAGCCAUGGAAAGUUGGUCAGCCCAACAGCAGCUGAAAAGAGUCAGCAGCAAUGGAUGA